UGGAUACCGAGAUUUUACACCGAACGGGCGGCCAUUACGAGAGUUGCGGAUGCUUCCGAGAAGUUGGGGAUAAUGGAGGAUGAGUCGUUUAUGAGCGAUGUUGAGGAUUAUGUUAAACAGCAUAAUGUGCAUGAAAUUCUCAGGGACUGCGUUGUUAACUUGUGCCUACAUCGUCCUAGUAAUCCAAUUGCAUUUCUCCGUGAGUAUUUUGAGAAGCUGGAGGUUUGUAAUGGAAAAUGUACUGCAGCAUCAACUAGUCAUGUAACUGGGUUCGCUUUUCAUAAACACUCAGAACGCAAUGAAGAUUCACACGCAUUUCCUAUAUCAAAUACCUCCAGUCGCUCUUUCCAACAUGAAGUUAAAAGUCAUGGGAGUGGUUACUUUGGUGUUAUUAUUCCCUCCGUAAGCUCUCAAAAUUGUGGGAAAUCUUCAGAAGUGAAUAACCAUCGAUGCUCCUGUGAUACAGAUAAUCUUAUUCCUAACACUCUUGAAAAACGUUUGACCGAAACUCCUUUGAAAGUUGAUAGUAGUUACGAAUCCAAUAAUAUGAAUGAGGAUGGAAGUGGUUAUGAUGGAGGAAAUAGUGGGGGAACGAGAGGCUUGUUAGCUGUAUCACCUUCCGGAGUUAGUUUAACUAGACGUCGGUCUCGAAGAGGAGCAGUUAGUGGUGAAGUUUAUACAGAAGAAGAUGCUGCAUCUUACGUUAAGAAGGUUGUACCGAAGGACUAUAAAACGAUGACAGCUCUUUCAAAGGCUAUCGCCAAAAAUGUCCUAUUUUCUCAUUUAGAUGAGACGGAAAGGAGUGAUAUAUUUGAUGCCAUGUUCCCUGUACAUCGUAAUUCAGGCGAUGUGAUUAUUCAGCAAGGAGAUGAAGGUGAUAAUUUCUACAUAAUCGACCAGGGCGAGGUUGAUAUCUUCCUCAAUAAUGAGUAUAGUAGUACAAUCGGGGAAGGAGGUAGUUUCGGUGAAUUAGCUCUCAUCUACGGUACGCCUAGAGCAGCUACAGUUAGAGCGAAAACGGAAGUUAAAUUAUGGGGUAUUGAUCGAGAUUCUUAUAGAAGAAUAUUGAUGGGGAGUACUAUUCGUCGUCGAAAAGUGUAUCAGGAAUUCCUAUGUCGUGUACCUAUUUUAGAUAAUCUUGACAAAUGGGAACGAUUAACUGUAGCAGAUGCUCUCGAACCAGUCCGUUUCGAAGAUGGUGAAGUUGUUGUACGUCAAGGUGAACAUGGUGAUGACUUCUUUAUUAUUACAGAGGGUACAGCUGCUGUUUUGCAAAGGCCGUCUGAAUCGGGUGAACAAGUUGAAGUCGGUAAAUUAAGACCAUCAGACUAUUUUGGUAAGUGUUUUAUUUGUCUAAAGAAUUUGUAUAAGUUGUUAGCUUAACAUAGGGUAUCAAAGCACACAAUUUAACGCUUUGUUACGUCGUGAAGCUAUACAUCUCAUUAAACACUAGAAACUUAGCACUCACCACAAAUAAUUUAUUAUAAUUGCAAUCUAGAGUUCUGGACAUUAUCGACUUAGUUUUUUUAACCAUAAAUCUGUAGUUUAAAGUACGAAAUUAGAAUACAAUCUAGUUCGAAUUCAUUAAACGAAAGUGAUAAUUCUCUAGGUCUUUAGAGUAUAACCUUGUCUAUUCUAUCAUGUGAAAGCAAUCAUACACCUAAUUUAUAUUAAUUGAAUGAAAGUCAACAUGUUUCAGGUCGUUCAACGCUUAAGCAAAUAAAUGAGUUUCAAUAGUUUUUAUCCUUUCAUUCGUGAAUUCAGGUAAAUUACAAGAAUCUUGAAGAGUAAAUUGUAAAUGCACUCAAAAAUGCUGGGACGGAGUGGAGUAAACAUUGACAUUUACAAAAGUUUGUGGACUGGUAUUUUAGAAAGUGCUUCUUCCAUUACGGUAAGGUGCAAGACAAAAAGGACUUAGAUUCGUGCAAUCUAAAGUAUGUUACUCAUGAGAACCUAACAUAUUGUGGAGUUUUCCUGCGCACGUCUUAUUAGUUGAUCGUUGACUCACUUCUUCGGAUCGACCAAUAUUGUAUUGUCCACCUUUAUCUUUGUUAAGUAUUGGUACUCAUUGAUAAUUUAAUCACGUUGAAUGUAAAAUAGACCAGUUAUUAUUUACUAUCGAGCCAUUCAUGUGUUGUGUAAUCCGAUGAAGAUAAAAGUUUUCGUUCUAAUAAACCUCAGAACACGUUAUUCCAGGUAAUAUGAUAAACCACAUGUAAUCGAAAAAACAGAAAAUCUCUUUCGGUGAGUUCGAACCGCCAAAGUCAUCUGAAGGGUUUAUGGUAGAGUUUAGCGAGAAAAUUUAGAUAAAGACAUAAGUUGUUAUAAAGUUAAUUGUCUAGUCGAUAAAUAAGUAGUGUAUAUACCUCGCUGUUUCAUCUACAUGAGCAGCUUAUUUUGACAAAAUAGUGUUUAACUUAAGGAUGCCUUACUAGUAAAAUGAACAUACGACCUCGUCCUUGAUGUAUUUUACUGGUGCGUUUCAAUAAAUACGUCACUCAUCUGAAUAAAAAACUGACUCAAAAUAUAGGGCUUGGUUUGAUGAGUGGGCUACAUUUUUUGACUAAACCAAUUCUAUUCUGGCGGGAAACUGCUUCACUUCCCUGAUAUGCGUAUAUUUAUGGAAAUAAUACUCCAUUUAGAUGUUAUUUUCGGCACACCUCACCGUUGAUUUUUCGGUUUCUAUUUAUUUAUUUAAACACAUAAAUAUUGGUACAAAUGGGCAUCGAAUACAUGUGCACCAUACAAGUCACUUGAUUUGUGUGUGGGCUGUGAUACUACUCGAGCAUCCAGACCGAAGCAGGUGAUUUUCUCAAAGGGUCACGCCCGGAGCCUUCGGCCUAAAGGUGUGAUCCACAAGGCAGUGGAGCAACGCCAGGAGGUGCAGUCCCAUAGUAGCAGGUGAUCAAUAAUUGGUUCAUACGCCAUUUGUUCCAUCAUGAUCCUGGAGCCCAUGUGCACCAGUAGUUUGGGAUCAGGGUUUUCCAACUCCCCUAGCUGGGUCCUCCGUGUCCACCAACCCGGUUAAAGCGCCGGACAUUCGCUUUUCGUCCUGUCAAUUUCGUAAACAACACCCCAGCCGCGAGAAGGCGAUGAGUAGGACUUCCCUAGCAGUGGCUGUAUACGCGUGGUCAUGUGGGAGCAUUUCGAGACUAUAUUUGGAAAUCAUAGAUACAGUGAAUCUGAUCCUAGAUGUGUAACAGGUUACAAUAUUUGCACUGGACUGUAAGUCGACUUCUAGUGUUCAGUCGAACUGUCAAGCUGCUGUUUAGUAGCAUUUUCAGUUUUUCUUCUGUUUGCACAUUGAAGAGAAAUUCCGAGGAACCGACAUGUCACUAAAAAUUGCUUGUUCGCAUCACUACUUUAUUUCAUCGUACUAUAUCGGACUUGUUACUUCAAAGAAUUUCUGGCUAAGUUGAAGACAGUAAGACUUUCUGCUAUCUUGUUUACAUAACUCGUUGAUCCUAUUACAUCUAAUCGUUCUGUAACUAGUUCUGAAUUCGCCCAUUUUGUGACAUAAGUCGCUACUAAAUCAAGUGAUGUAAACAUUAGAAAGUGGCACAUUUCUAGAAUCUAAUAUUCGAAUAACCGGAGAAUAUUUUAGCUCAUAAAUCGUAACGCACAACUAUCAGUUACUUGUCCCCUUGACACACGUUGGUAUAUGUUCCCCAGUAAUACAACUAUAUUUCAUACAAUAACACCGUAAAAAGUCGUACUGUUAGCAAUUUCUGUUAGAAUUAAAUAUAUUACCAAUUUUCUACGCACGUAAUUAUUUGACUCUUUAAAUUUAUUUUACAUAGGUGAGAUUGCUCUACUGCUUGAUCGACCACGUGCAGCAACUGUUGUUGCCCAAGGUACUUUACGUUGCGUGAAACUUGACCGCAAACGAUUUGAGCGUGUCAUGGGUCCGUGUUCAGAUAUUUUGAAACGCAACAUAGCUAAAUAUAAUAGCUAUAUUUCUUUGAGUGUAUGAAUUUGUAGUUCUUUUUUUAGGGUAAUUAGUUCCCAAAAUGGAAAGUUGGGUCUACUCAGUAUGAAUUCAGAACAGCUGCGAAUCUUCCAAAGUAAUUUCUUUUACUAUAACACAGGUCACUCAAUUUGUUGUAAACGCCAACAAUGGAUUCUUUAUUUAUUAUCCUCGACAUAAAUAUAUGUUAGAAACGCCUUUGAUGCCUUUUAAAAGCAAUUGUAAACUGGUGCGGGAAAACAUACUUCAUUUAAACAUGGUUCAAUAACAUAAACACGUGUACGUUCCAUCUAGUUCUUGACAUUUGUCCAUGAUUGAAGGAAGCUCGGCAUAGUGAAUAGACGCCUAAUACGUCUAUUUGGCCUUGGUUAUAAAAAAGCCCCAAUUUUGCAGCAAACACUGCACUUAGCUUAGAGAAUCGUCAGCAAGUCGAUUGCAUGUGACCCAAUCCCGAGAGGCAAGGAGUGGUUUAGCUACAGAUGUGUUUGGGUUCGGAAUCUUUGAAUCAUUACAAUAUGCAAAACAUAGUGCAUAGAUUCAAGAAUAUCAAUGUCUCAGGCACGUAGUUAACUUGUUUAUUUCAUCAGCCACUACAGCCCCAUGCUGUUAAACAGCAG